CUUUGCGCGCACCCGCGGCGGGCGGGCACGCGCGGCCGUGGCCGCCAUGAGGCGCGGCGAGCGCCGAGGCCCCGGCGGGGCGCUGGGCAAAGCCGCCCUGGAGGAGCAGCCCGACGGCCCCGGCCCGCGCCGCAGCACCGAGUCCGAGGUGUACGACGACGGCACCAACACUUUCUUCUGGAGAGCUCACACCCUGACAGUCUUGUUCAUCCUCACGUGUGCACUGGGAUACGUAACCUUGCUUGAAGAAACACCGCAAGAUACAGCUUACAAUACAAAGAGAGGCAUUGUUGCCAGUAUUUUGGUUUUUCUAUGUUUUGGAGUUACACAAGCUAAAGAUGGACCAUUCUCAAGACCUCAUCCAGCUUACUGGAGGUUCUGGCUGUGUGUCAGUGUUGUGUAUGAACUCUUCCUCAUCUUCAUACUGUUCCAGACUGUACAAGAUGGGAGACAGUUUAUGAAGUACAUCGAUCCAAAUUUAGGUGUUCCUUUGCCAGAAAGAGACUACGGUGGCAACUGCCUUAUUUAUGAUCCUGGCAAUGAAACAGAUCCAUUUCACAACAUCUGGGACAAGCUGGAUGGAUUUGUUCCUGCUCACUUUUUUGGCUGGUACCUGAAAACGCUGAUGAUUCGAGACUGGUGGAUGUGUAUGAUCAUCAGUGUGAUGUUUGAAUUUCUGGAGUACAGUCUGGAACACCAGCUUCCAAACUUCAGCGAAUGUUGGUGGGAUCACUGGAUAAUGGAUGUUAUCUUAUGUAAUGGAUUAGGAAUUUACUGUGGGAUGAAGACUCUCUCUUGGCUUUCUUUGAAAACAUACAAAUGGCAAGGACUUUGGAACAUUCCUACAUACAAAGGCAAAAUGAAGAGAAUUGUCUUCCAGUUCACCCCCUAUAGCUGGGUUAAAUUUGAGUGGAAGCCAGCAUCCAGCUUACGCAGAUGGCUAGCAGUUUGUGGCAUUAUCUUUGUAUUUUUAUUGGCAGAGCUGAACACAUUUUACUUGAAGUUUGUCCUUUGGAUGCCACCAGAACACUACUUGGUCCUGUUACGACUUGUCUUUUUUGUUAAUGUGGGAGGUGUGGCUAUGAGGGAGAUCUACGACUUCAUGGAUGACCCGAAGUUCCAUAAGAAGUUGGGUCAGCAGGCCUGGCUGGUUGCUGCUAUUACUGCCACAGAGUUCCUGAUUGUAGUGAAGUAUGAUCCCUACACGCUCACACUGUCGCUUCCUUUCUACAUUACCCAGUGCUGGAUCUUGGGGAUUAUACUUGUGCUCACCUGGACAGCCUGGCGUUUCUUCAUUCGUGACAUCACCUUGAGGUAUAAGGAAAUAAGAAGACAGAAGCAAGAACACAAAUAUGAAAAGGACAAGUGCUUGAGCAAUGGUGAUGGACAUUCUUCAAUACUGGAUGAACAAAAUGGGAACAAACUAAGGGAAAGGAAACUUUGAGCAACAGACAAAGGGCUAAAAAGAACUCGUUGUGCUCAAGUUGGCCUGGUGGACAGUUUCAACCUUAUCCUACCUAACUUGUUUCAUUGUUAGUUUUCCAACGUGUGAAAGUCCUCUUGGGGGAAAAGAUAUCGCAUUGACAUGCGUACCCUUUCUCCUCUUGUACACCUAGUCAGAGUCAGAGAAAGUCUGUGUAGAGGGAAGUCAGAACCAACACCAUUGCAACGAGAUGGGAUCUUCGUCCAGGCGUGUUGUAUGUCUUCCUAGCAAACAAGGUUUGGAGACAAGAGGCUUUAAAACAAAGCCCAAAGGGAAUCUAGCCGACCUAUUUCCAGUGAACUGUGAGAUCUCGAUUUUGACAUUUGGGCAUUAAGAGCACUUGUUUUGGAGUGUGCAGAUACCGGCACAGGAAAUGAAUUUUGUUUCUUCUGCUUGAAAAUACCUUGAGAUGUGGAGUCAGAUUGUGUAACGUGUUCAGCCACCAAUUAACAGAAGUGCAGCGAGAUAAAACAUAGAUAAGCUGAAGCUUGUGAACAAGUUGCGUAACUUGCACAGAAUGUGAUACAGUACACUACUGUUACAGCCCCUGUAAUGCAGGGGUUACUGCCUUUCUCUAAACUGACUUUCAAUAUCCUGGAAUAGCUUACAAUAAUUUUAUGUUAUGUCACAGCUCUAGGGAGACAGAAGGACUUCUUUUUUUUUUUUAAUCUUGGUCAUCUCUUAAAUGGAAGGGAGGGUUAAAUAAGAAAGGUCAGCCCGCCUUUCAUUUGCUUCAUGGAGUGAAAUCUAUUACAAACAGAAAACUGGGAGUUACUCCAUCCUUCUUAAGUUAUUUGCCUUAUUCUCAGCUCUUUGCUUGCCGAGAGGAUUUAAUUCUUGGUGUCUGCUGUACAAGGCAUGUCCUGUUCUGCCACCUUCAGAGCUGCCCCCUUCUCCUCUUGAGGUAGCUCCAGGCUGAGCAAUCUCCUGAGUCCAACUGGAAAAGGUGUUCUCUGCAAUCACGCACAAAAUAGCCGUUACCAUGCUGCCAUCCCUGCCAAAAAGAACAAGCGGGAAGAACGCGCAUCGUUCCUCACUGAGCAGUGCGUAGUGGAGGUUUGCAGGCCAAACUAAACAGCUUUUUUUUUUUUUUUUUUGCUCAUGACUCAGCAUCUAGGAAAAUAAAUUAGAAACCUGGGCUGCAUUUUUUCAGGUCGUUAUUCCAAAAUGUAAGUGCUGCAACUAAGCAUCAAUUUGGUAAACCCUGCUCUAAGCCUUUGCAUUGGCCCCUGAGGCACUGAUGUAACCGUAUCACUUCUUAGAUACAAUGAUCUAAUCUGGCUCUUAAAGGAUAUUUUUCAGGGAAGUGUUUAUCCAGAAGAAAAUUACAUAAACAACACCAGUAACAUUUAAAGAGCACAGCCCCAAACUUUUGAAGUGGCAGGAGACUUGCAGAGCUGCUUGCUAGCAAACAUCCUCAUUUCUGAGCGGUUUUGGUCCUGUACAUGAACAACAACCAAAAUCUGCAUUUCUCUAGGUUUACAGAGUGACCCAAAUAUUUUCCACCUCUAAAGAACGGACAGUUAGCAGUAGGGCGCUCUUCAAGUAAUGGAGCAUUAGUUAAUGAAUGGGUUGCAUCAGAAGAGCUCAACAAAUGAAGCAGUGUUCGUGGGCCCUGGGGCCUGCCCCAGUCGCUUAGCAUACAGAGAGGAGGAUGACCAGUGUGAGAGGUAGCAUCCAUCUUCUUCCUCGAGUACGUACAACGUCCUGUGGAUAGUCACCCGAUGGCUGCUCUUAAAUCCUAGUCUUUUGCUGCUCUGAGGUAGUGGAGAAUAAAUGGCUGUGCAACUCGAUGCUGGCAAGUUUGUAAAUGGGCAGACGGUGCUGAGUUGAGCGAGUAUUUAUUUCUAUGCCUUUCCACCCCGAGUCGUUCUAAUUUCCAGCUUUCUACCAGUCCUGUGAACUGUUAACUGAUUGUUUGGUAGCUUGUACCAGUGUGUUGUGCUUGUGUAGUCCCAGCUGAGCGAGGCUCAGGUCAGUGUAUCUCCAUUCCGUCUGUGCUGGUUAUCGCUGUGGUGCCCCGCUGAUCUCUGCCCUACGACCACCUCGAGGCUGUCUCAGGAGCUGGGUGGUAGCAGGCACACCUGGGGGUGGAUCUGUCACUGCACCUCCCUCCUCCCUGCCCCGCCAAAGGGCCACACGUGUACAUCUGAAACAACUGGUGAAGCGUGCCCCUUCCCAGUAACAGUUCUGGAGCUUUGACCUAAUACGUAAGACACUGACUUGUGUUCGUCUACAUCCAUCUACAUGGCUCUUAUGGUUAGUCUGGAUAACUGAACCGGUGUAAUAAAGUGAUGUUUGCUGGUGUGUUCUUUGGUACAA